GAAUGUAAAUCUGGCCACAAACAACGUCUCUCUCUUUCUCUGUGUGGCAGUGAAUGCAACGAGGUGAGGUCGGCAUAGGAGAAGGAUUGUGUUUUGCGCACACAUUACGAGGACUGGAAUAUAUUUGGGGGUGAAAAACCAAAAGAGAAAGGGCGAAACCCACCUUAAUACUGCGCUUUCCCUCUUCUCUCCCUCUCUCUGGACUCACGGACUUGGACAAAAUGGUUUUCCCGAAAUCCCAGUGACUGCGAUGUCAGCACCUCUCAUCCGCCUCGUGUGGAGCACAGACUGAAGAAAUACACACACACUGAGAGGAAAAAAGACGCGUUUUGGGGUCAGGCGUUUCUUCCUCAAGAGCAGCCGUUCAUUCACGGCACACUGAAUGCAAGAAACACUCGCCCCUGGCAGCUGAAGAUGACGUUACUAUGGAAACAGUUUUUGCUGCUAUCAAUCAUGGAGUAUCUUGCAGAGUGUCUGGAUUACAAAUCCUUUAACGGCCCAAAAUGGCGGAUGGAGCCCAGCGAUCUCACGGUCGGCUCAUUGGAGGAAGAAGCCACUCUGACCUGUGAUGCUAAAGGCAUUCCUUCACCACAGUACAGGUGGACUCUGAACGGCACAUUGAUUAAUUUCAAGACUGAUUCCCGUCGGCGGCUAUCCGGGGGGAAUUUAGUCAUUAGGAGUCUGGACCGGUCCCAGGAUGGAGGAAUAUACCAGUGCACUGCAUUCAACCCACUGGGAGCAGUGCUUAGUAGAAGAGCAAGCCUCCAAUUUGCAUACUUGAAUUUAAAAACUCAGACGAGAAGUGCCGUAUCUGUGCGAGAGGGCCAAGGGGUGGUUUUACUGUGCGGUACGCCAUCAUAUGCCGGAGAUCUCUCAUUUGCAUGGGUCUUUAAUGAGUACCCUUACUUUGUUCAGCAAGACAAUCGUCGCUUUGUCUCUCAGGCGACGGGAAACCUUUACAUCGCCAAAGUGGAGCCGUCGGAUGUGGGGAACUACACGUGCGUGGUGGUAAAUCGCAUUACUAAGGGCAAAGUCCUGAGCUCCCCGACCCCUCUGGUGCUACGGACGGAUGGUGUCAUGGGUGAAUACGAGCCAAAAAUUGAGGUUCAUUUCUCUGACAUGGUUCCAGCUGCAAAGGGAUCCAUCGUGACACUGGAAUGUUUCGCUUUGGGGAACCCGGUUCCCGAGAUCACAUGGAGGAGGGCGAAUGGGGUUCCGUUUCCCAGCAAGGUGAAGAUGAAAAACUCAAAUGUGGUUUUGGAGAUUCCCAGUUUCCAGCAGGAGGAUGCCGGAGGCUAUGAAUGUGUGGCAGAAAACAAGAUGGGAAAGAACACGGUUCAAGGACGACUGUCUUUCCAUGCAAAGCCUCAGUGGGUGCAGACGAUGCGAGACACUGCUUUGUCAAUUGAAGAGAGACUUUUUUGGGAGUGUAAGGCCAAUGGCAAACCCAAGCCUUCAUACAGCUGGCUGAAGAAUGGAGAACUACUCCCAGUCGAGGACAGGAUGCACAUAGAGAACGGAGCGCUGACCAUCAGCUCUGUAAACCUCUCGGAUGCCGGCAUAUAUCAGUGUGUGGCCGAGAACAAACACGGAGUCAUUUACUUUGGCGCCGAACUGGUGGUGUUAGCUUCACCCCCAGACUUUUCCAGAAACCCUCUCAGAGCUCUGCUUAAAGCCAAGGCAGGCAGCACAGUGUCAAUGGAGUGCAGGGCACAGGCCUUUCCUAUAGCCAUCAUCCUGUGGAGGAAAGGCAACGACCCGAUACAGGGCACUGAGAGGAUAACUCUUCUCCCUGAUGGAACGCUUCGAAUCACAAAUGUGACCAAGAUGGAUGGAGGGACAUACUCAUGUUUGGCUAGAAACCAGUUUGGUUCAGCCAGCACUACGGGAAGACUGCUGGUAACAGAUCCCACUCAGAUCACCCAGGGUCCAGUGGACAUGGAGAUCAUUGUGGGGGAGAGCAUCGUCCUGCCCUGUCAGAUCUCAUGUGACCCUGCUCUGGAUGUUUCUUUCUCCUGGGCCUUUAAUGGGCAGCUGCUUAACACACUCGACCAACAUUAUGAGCAUGUGGGUGGGAGCACAUCUGGAGAUCUGAUGAUACGAAAUAUACAACUAAAACAUGCUGGAAAAUAUGUCUGCGUGGUCGACACAGAUGUUGAGAGUUUGUCGGUUGCAGCCAUUUUAAUUGUGAAAGGUCCCCCGGGAGCUCCGGAUGGCAUUACAGUGGAAGAGAUCACGGACAGCACGGCUCAGCUUUCCUGGAGACCGGGCCAGGAUAACGGCAGCCCCAUCACGAGUUAUAUCAUCCAGGCCAAGACGGCUUUCACUGUGGGCUGGCAGGCGGUGAACACGGUCCCGGAGGUGAUUGACGGGAAUACCCUGACAGCAACAGUGGUGGAUCUGAAUGCAUGGGUGGAGUACGAGUUCAGAGUCCUGGCCAGAAAUAGCGUUGGUGUAGGCGAGCCAAGUCCAGCUUCUCUUAAGUCCAGGACUGAAGAUGCAGUUCCCGACACUGCCCCCGCUGAUGUCGGAGGUGGGGGCGGCUCCAAGUCAGAGUUAGUGAUAACAUGGGAGCCUGUGCCUGAAGAACUUCAAAACGGAGACGGUUUCGGAUACAUCAUCGCUUUCCGGCCGCUGGGGGAGGUCAACUGGACGCACGCCGUCACCUCUGCGCCGGGACAGUCUCGCUUUGUGUACCGUAAUGAGAGCAUUCCUCCCUUCUCUCCAUUUAAUGUGAAAGUCGGUGCCUACAACACCAAAGGCCAGGGACCGUUCAGCCCUGUAACAAUCGUGUUUUCAGCUGAAAAUGAGCCCAGUGGCGUUCCUGGUGGCGUGUGGGCCAGAAGCAUUUCUGCCACUGAAAUUGAAGUGAUCUGGCACAUUCUCACCUCGUCCCCCGAAAGAGUGUUGGGCUACGAGGUGAUGUACUGGGAGGAUGAUACAAAACCAGAGACCAUGGGCAAAGUCAGAGUGUCUGCCAAUCAAAACAAGGUUAACAUCAGUGGCCUGAGAGGAUUCACUCAGUAUUUCCUGACUGUGAGUGCUUUCAACACGGCGGGCACCGGCCCCAUCUCACCCACCAUCAACGUGACCACCAGAAAGUCCCCACCCGGGCAGCCACCUUUGAACGUGGAGUGGAACCUGAUUGGCUCCAAGCUCACCGUUCAUUGGGAACCCGUCAUUUCGCUGGAAAUGGAGUCAGAGGUUACUGGGUAUCAGGUGUCUUACAGGAGGAACCGACAUAAAGAAAUUAACACGAUAUCAACAAACCUGACCUCGGUGGAGCUCACCUUACCCGCCGAUGAUGAUUACAUCAUUCAGAUCCGAGCGCUGAGCGACGGGGGAGAGGGAACCCCUACUGAACCCAUCAACAUCCAUAAGCUUAGUAUGAGUGUACGAGGUUCCAGAGCCUGGCGAGCCAAUACCAUCCCCAUCUCCUUGCUUUCCAUUAUCGCAUUAUCGACAGUGAGACCGGCUUUGUGUUAACACUCUGAAGAAUUGAACAUCCCCCAACCAGGUCUGAUUGCCCGUCCUCUUCCUCGCUGUGGGAUCAUGGGAGAAAGACAGCGAAACGCUUCUGAGGCAAGAUUAUUGAUCCAUCUCUCCAUAGUUAUCGGAGCCAAUGGCCGGCGAGCCAUUUGAGGAGCGUGACGGAUAAACAACAACGUCACAGCGGUUGGAUUUCGUGUGCAUGUUACUACGGUGUAUCAUUGUCUUCUUGCAAACGAUCCGAGACCCUAACAAGGUCUAUCCGAAGGUUUUUGAACGAGGAGGGAUGACUCAUAUUACUGCACUGAGAUUUCAUCUCCAAUCCCUCAAAACAAAUGCCUUAUUUCCAUGUACAUGCCAAAGUAGUUAGGAUCAGUAUUAAGUUGUUUGUCGUGAAUGAUUUGUACUUCAUUAGUACGUCUUUAAUAACAUUUAGCCUCUGCUUACUCAUUCUUGUACAAGAGUCUAUGUGCCUUAUCUAUGUUUAAGUGUACGUAAGGCUUGUCUUUCUUUGCUUCGGGCACCAUUGUUGCAGCUACAAGCCGCUGGUACUUUAAGAUUGUCACAAUGGUACAUUCUCAUUAUGGAGAUUGUGUGUUUUGGUUUAUGCCUUUCACAAGCGUGUUAACAGCAGGAGGCGGUAAGAUGGUUAUUUUUGGGAUCUCGACAUGCAUAAAUAUAACACACCACUGGUAUGCACAGGCUUGGCAUCUGUUAUUAGUGUGUUAUGAGUCAUGGGAAUUAAUAACACAAGAAAAAAAUUAAAUUCAGAUAAGUGAAGAGUUUUAGGUAACACUUUUUAACAAGGAAAUGCAUUACAAUGAACAAUAUAGUGUUUUUAUCAUUUAUUAAUCUUUGUUCAUGUUAGUUAAUGCCAAUACGGUUGUUUGUGUUAGUUCAUUGUGCAUUAACUAAUGUUACAGAAUGUAUUAGUUAAUGCUGACAUGAAUAUGAACUAAGAUUAAUAAUUUCAAAGACUUUGAGGAAAAAAUUACAAUGACCCAUGAGUUUUUUUAUCAUAAGUCAAGAUUUUUAUCUAAAUCCUUAAUUAACAUUUCAUUACUUUUCCUUUAUUAUAUAAAUAUUAAAUAUUGUUAUUUAUGAUUUUCUUUCAUAUGAAGUACUUCAUAUGUUGUCCUGCAGUUUCCAGGUUCUGUCUAGUACUGUAUUAUGUGACCCUGUCUGUGAAAUCCAGGCUAAAGUCUCAUAAUCUAAUGAUGCUAAUGAUGAGAUUUUGAGCAUCAAAGUUCAUUCAUUGAUUUAAAUCUUUGACAUGAUCUUAUUCAGUCAAUAUUAAAGAUAUCAAGGUUAUAUUUUCACUGAAUGUUCUUUGAUGAUUUUAUGUAGAAAUCACAAAAAAAUUAAAGACCACAUUUUAGUGCACUGGUUUUAUUUUAAUCAUCUGUUAGCUCUGCUGUUAACAACAUCUAUUAUGUGACACAGUACAUUAUUGUGGGUUCGCACCAGAUGCGAAUUCAACGAUUUGCACGAGUAGAUUACAUACAAAGUCAAUGCAGAGACGCGAUCAGACGCGUCCUCGCUUGGGGCGAUGCGAAUGACUCGAUAUGGGUGGCGCGUUUGCCUCGAAAACACACGCUAUACGCUUCAAACACGUGCUGCGUAAUAUCAUUGUGCCUGCUGCAGCCAUGUUACGGCAGCAAAGUCCUUAAUUAUUAAGCCUCAAAAUGAGAGUAUAGUUCCUAGCCGUAUCUGCCUAGAAAAUCGCAACUUUUAAUUUUCCGUCGGACCUUAUACACUAUGUAACUACAGAAGAGUCAAGUUUUUUUGGUUAUUUUUUAGCACAAUGCUAAUGGUCUAAUCAGAUUCAAUGGACUAUGCUAAAAUGAGCAUAUUUUCAAAAAAAGUGGAGUGUCUCAUUAAACCAUGUCCAGGAAACCACCCCUUUAUGUUUACUAUGUCUGAUAAUGCAUUGGAUGCAAGUUGUUAUUUUCCUCUGUUAUUAUCUACAGCAGAGGUUCUCAAACUAUUUGGGGUCAGGGACUCCCUUACAAUUAUAAAAGUUAUUCAGCAUAUGCUUACCACAAUUUGCAACCUGAAUACUUCAGACUUGUUUUUACUGAUAAACAAAAACACAUUUCAGCUUUAAUCAUCUUCAUUCCACGUGUGUUUUAAUUUUCAGAGGGUUAUUUAAUUUAAUUAUAUUUUGACUCAAAAUUGCUACUUUUUACUUUUCAAAUUUAAAAGCUUUUCUAGAAGCAAGACUCUCAUAGUUAGCAGAUGGUCCCUAUAAGAAAUUAUGACCUUUUUAAUAAUAAAGCACAAUUGUGUAAUACAAAUCAAAUGAGUUUGCGGACCCCCUGGCUAAGGGAGGUCCCUGGGCCCUGCUUUGAGAACCCCUGAUCUACAGUAGAUGAAUGAGCUGUCUGUUAACAAAAAGUCGACCUGAUGCUGGUCUUUCUGUGUGCGUUAUACAGAUACCAGUAGAGAUUUAAUUGCAGCCCUAUUUGUUAUUCAUGGGCAUAGGGUGGAUAGCAUAAGUGUGUUGAAUGCUGCAAAUGUUUGUUCCAUCCUACACUUAAAAUGCUAAAUGUUUGCUGAAUGCAUCUCCCCAUGUCUAUUGUGAUUGUUGAAAGUUUUUAUGUUUUUUAUGUUUUAAGUUUUGCUUUGUAUUUUAUGUUUAUUUGGCAAACAUCAGUCAAUAGGAAUGGGAAUAGGAAAGCAAUGCGGCCUCUGUUAGUACCGUUUAUUUGGAAGUGUUGUUGUUUGAAUUAUGCAAAUUAGCUAAUAGCAUAAACAUGCCUAUAAAGUCACCCCUGAACACAACUUGUACACAGUUUAACCAUCUAUUUUUGGACUAUACAGCACCCCACCGCAGCAAUUUUUAAAUACAGAAAGGGUGUUUAACCACCAUUUAUGAUUGGAUAUUUUUAACCGUCCAUAAUCUAAUGCUGGAUUCCGACCAAAUGCGGUAGAGUUGCCAAAAACGCGUUAUUUGUGCAUAUUUGGACACCUGAACAUUAUGAGUUUACUCGCUUCAUUUGCGCAUGAAAGCCUAGAAAUCCGCGUCAUGGGAGGGGCUUCUGUGACUCCACUCGCUUCCUGUAAUCACGUCACUACUAGAGUAAGCUCCUGAUCUGUUAAUGCAGCGCAAAUAUUCACCAAUGUUCAGAUUUUUCAACGUUCAAUUCAUUAGGAGCGCACCAUCCGCGCUGCAGGAUGGCUAUUCGCGUAUUUAACAUGUUAAUCACUCGCACUUGUCGCCUCUUCCACGUCUGGUGUGAAUGCCACAUAAUGAUUAUAUUAGGAGUUUAAUUCAUUGAUUUAAAUCUUUGAAGAUAUCAAGGCUAUAUAAAAACAGAACUAUAGUUUCAAAUAGUUUCGUGACUACUUCAGAUGCGUGUCUGAACUGAAUUAAAAAAUAUAUAUAUUUAAAUGUUAUUUGCGAAAAUGUUUGUGCAAAUAUUUAGCACAUUCACCCCAAAAGUUUGUUUUUAUUUGUUGACAGUAUGUGCAUUUUGGACUUUUAAGUUUACUAUUUUAAGUUUUCACUUGUGAUAAGUUGACAUAACUUAUAUAAUCAAGUUGAAAUUGUUUAACUCAAUUUGUGAAGUUAAAGUAACUUAAAAAUAUAUGUUGAUUUGACAUCACUUUUUAUGCUGCGUUUACACCAGCCAUGGUAGAGGCGGCAAAAACAGAACAUUUGAAUUCACUCGCUUUAUUCACACGUGAAAUUCUAGUCAUUCAAGAAAUUCACGCGGAAAUUUGCGUCAUGGGAGGGGCUUCUGAGACUCCGCUACUCUGUUCACUUCCUGUAAUCAUGUCACUACUACAGCAAGGUCUUGAUUGGUUAACGCGGCGCAGAAGUCCGCCAAAGUUCAAUUCGCUUACCGCGUGUACCGCGCCACAGGAUGCCUAAUCGCAUCUUUGCAUUGACUUAACAUGUAAAUCACCCGCGCUUGCCGCCUCUACCGCGGCUGGUGUAAACGCAGAAUUACAGUGUGGGCUGCGGCACUAAUUCGAGUCCACUUACCAGAUGCUCCUCAGGGUCUUUAUUAGCUGAAUCGGAUGUGUUUAGGAAACUUUGGAGCGAAAAUCUGCUUACAAGCACUUGAAAUGUUGAGAAAUGCUUUAGGAACAAACUAUUAAUUUGUACACAGCACAAUUAUUAAAAAAACAUACAGCUUAACUAUUUUUUUGCCAAAACACAUGAAGGGAAAAAUGAGGAACCUGAAACGCUUCGGUCUCUUUUAAGUCAUUUUAUGAUUUGACUGAUCCUUGCCUUGAAGUAGAAGCCAUUAACCGCCCUAUUAACUGAUAGGUCACCCUGCAGGGGCUUUUGACCAAAUCUGCAAGGUAAUAAUAGUUAUCAGGACAGACUAGAGAUAGAUGUUAGAUGAAGAGCAUGUCAAACUCAUUUAUUUUAUUCACUAUUUUCUGUGUCAUACUUGUAUUGGAGACCAGAAGUACACUUUAAGCGCAUUUGUAAGACACUCACUUACGAACAUUAGAGAAGACGCCAGGGCAAUGUUCAAGGCCACUCGCACAAUCGACCACGGUUUUGAAUUAAAAGGUCAAAUAUAAAGGAGCAUAAGAGGAAAGGAAAUGAAAACACGCCGUCUUUGAGAGAGAAAAGUCGCAUUGUCCGCGUCGACUUGCCGUACAAUAUAGAUGUCACAUCAAACUCUGUCGAAGCUCUUGGAUGCUUUUGUGUCCAGGAUGAAGGCUGCUGCAUGAUUUUGAUUUAACCUUUGAUAAUGGCUGCUGACAUUUAGGUGCCUGUUGGGACUUUUGUGUAUUUUGUUCUGGAUCGUCAGACCAUCUUUGUGGAUAUUAUUCAUAUUUUGUCUUCAGAGUUGCUUCAGAGUUUUUCAUCUGAGAUCCUUAAGUGCUUAUUAUAAAUGUAUAAAAAAGAUAGAUUAAAAAUAAUUCAUUGGUUUAUGUGAUUGCUUAAAAAAAAGAAAAAGUGAUUUGUAUUUUGUAAGUAUUGUUUGGUUGUAUGAGUUCAUCAACAUUGUAAUGGCUUUUUUGUUUUUAAAAAGGGUCAAGUGUUGUGCAAAAUAGGCUUUUUUGGGUACAACAAAAACAGAAAUUUGAUUUGCAAAAAAGUCAAGUUAAUUUUUCUUUCUCUUUUUCUGGUUAAAAUAAUGAGACGUUCAAGAUGAACUUGUGUUUUAAUGUGUUAAAUUCAUCUGUGUAACAACACUUGACCUGCUGUUUUGAUAUCUCUGUAUUAAUACAUUGCUUUUCAUCUCUGUGAGAUGAUGUACUUGAUCAGAAUACUGUUUUCAUAUUGGAAAGAUUUUGACUCACUGUGUAUAGUUACGCUGUGCAUGUUGAUUGUUUAAUGUGUGUACAUUUUCUAAAACAAAAUUUAAUAAAAUCGCUUAUUGGAGAUUUACCUCCAUUAUGUCAAAAGCCUGAGAAAUGUGUCUUAUGUAUUAGAUUGCAUUAUUACACAGAGAUCUAUAAUGCUUGAUUCUG